UAGAGAGAGAGAGAGAGAGAGAGAGACGGAAGAAUCCUAUUGGUUAGAUUUGAGAAGAGGGUUUUCGCCACUUUCUCCGAGGUUAUGUUUUCCAAGCAGGCCAGAAGAUGUAUGAACUCACUCCUGACUCGCAAGAACAUGCCAAGGCCGAGUGGACACCUGAACAUGAUGCCUUCAUUGUCAAACAGUUGUUGGAGCAAGAGCGGAGAGGGAACCGAAAUGAAAAAGGAUUUAAGAAGGCGGCAUGGAAGGCGGUUGUCAACAUUUUCAAUAAAAAAUUUAGAGUGCAAUUCAAUCGGCAACAAAUGAAAAGCCGUAUGAAUGUUCUCAAGAAAGACUAUCGGAUUCUUAAGGCAAUCCUCAAUGAGAGCGGAUUUAGUUGGGACAGAACCUCGCUCACUGUUACUGCCAUUGAUGAAGUGUGGGACGAUUAUGUCUUGACACACCCUGACACAGAGAAGUUCAGGAAGAUUAGUUUACCACAUUAUGGUGAUCUCUGCCAACUGUUCGAAUAUUCAUAUGCAGAAGGCAAAAAACAACCAUCAAUUGUUCGUCCUAAUCUUUCUGAAAAUGGUGCAAGCGCAGAUGUGACCACUAUCCCAGUAAUGGAGCAGCCUGCUAGGACUCCUCCCACCCUUGAAGAGGACAACAAGGGAUCCAUAUCAAAUUCCGAAAAAGCGGUUCCUUCAAGAAGUAGUGAAUGCAACGAGUGGUUGGCCAUGUCAGGAGUGGCACGCCGGGAGAAAAGGAUGCGAUUGAAUGUUGGUAAUAGGAUAGUGGAUUGCAUGCAGAGCUUGGUCUUGCAAUCAGAGCAACUCAAUUCUCCCAAGAGAGAACCGACAACGAAUGAGGACUCCUACUACAAGUGCUUGGAGGAACUCCAGGAGUUGGAAGGAUUGGAUCAGAGCGAGGUUUUGCGGGCCGUGGAUAUUCUUAAAGACAGCAUGAAUAGGGUCGCGUUUUGGGCGCUGAAAGCAGACAUACUCUUGGAAUGGUUGAAGGUACGAUGCCAUAAGUUUUAGAUAAGAAAAUUCUUGAAAAAGGAAAAUCAUGAUCAAUAUAAAAUCGAUAUCCGAGACUAGUAAAGAAGAUUCCAUGAAUCUGUUUGACUAUAUGAAUUAUGCUUC